AUGCCAUCCAGAAAUAAAACUACCAUGUUUGCAUCUGCUUUUUUGACCUGUGUUUGCUCCUUCGUGGUCAUUUGUGUCGUGCUGGCCACUCAGAACUGGGUGAGGAGCGAUGUUUACUUUUCUGGCACGAACUCCACCGUGACCGUGAGACUCACCUACGGACUUUUCAGAGGUACCUGUGAGCAGCUGGUCGAUGCUGGACUUCAGGUUUCAGAACAGGGUUUCCCAGUUGCAGGAAGCCUGAGCAGCACCAAGACGAAAAGCACAAACACAGCAAUUAUUGUCAUUCUGGCUCUCAGUUUACUGUCCUCCCUCCUGAGCUCUGGAUUUACCUGCACUAAUGUUUUCAGUAAUCCCUACCAGACGUUUUUGGGACCCAUCGGAGUCUAUACCUGGAAUGCCUUAAGUGGAAUCUUUGUACUUGUAGCCAUGAUUCUUUUUCCUGUGAACACAGAAGCAAAUGACCUCUCUUUAGAACUGGCCCAGCAGUGUUCUUCUUAUGGAACCUACCUGGGGGCUGCACACUCUUAUGGAUAUUCAUACUGGAUCAUGCUGCUCAUCAUUUUUCUGAACAUUACUUCUGGUGCCAUCAUCUAUUUCUACGACCACGCAAGGUACCAUAAGAAGAAACAACAGGAAAGACCCAUUGAAAAUGCACCAAAAGAUGGCAUUCUGUUUUAA